GUUCCGAACCACUUCUAAGUUCUGCUCCACUCGCUGCUGCAAAUGUCAGCGUUGCUGAGCAACCACUGUUCUUGCGGUCGCGGGAGCAGGCCACACAGCAACUAUACAGCAAUUCUCGCUAUCCAUGUUUCGACACAUUCUCAGGCCAUCAUGGCACAGCUGGCUUUGCUUUUUUGCAGCAAGCCCGCGGCAAGCAGCAAACAUCUGUCACGGCCCUUAUACAAGCAGCCCUUUUGCAUAAUCAGCCAAUGGCCUCCUGCAUGUCGCGUGGUUUUCUGGCCAUGUUGCCUGUGACAGCAGUGGCAUCGGUCGGCGAUGCGGGCACCGACGACGCGUCCGGCUCCGCGGCCGAUGGAGUUGCUGGACGGGCCGCUGGUUCUGCUAGUGGCGUUGCAGGCGGGGCGUCUGGCCCGUCAGCGGCAGGGGAGGAUGGGGACGGCAGCUGGUUAGAUUACUGCUCGGACUUCAUUGUGAAGUUCUCAACGGAGAUUAUGGAUAAAUACAUGCCGAAGAAGGGGGCCAGCGCGGAUGAGAAGAAGAAGAUCAUGGCAACCUGGGCGCAGAUGUACUGGGCAGUCCCCGACGCCAUGCUGGUUGCCGCGCGGAAAGCCCUCUCCUUCAGCCCUGACCUCGUCCGCUUCUCAGGCACCAAGAUCUACUUCAUCGCUUGGGACCCAUUCUACCCGUACCAGCUGCUGGACCUGUAUGGCAAGGCUAUGCCGCCGUGCCCAAACUGCUACAGUAAGGGGAAGGGCAGCGAGCUGGCCCGGGCGGCGGCGGCAGCGGCGCACGUGAACUGUAGCGGCUGGGCGCAGAAGCCACGGCGGUUUGUGGACAUGGACCAAUACCACUACGGUACGUGAGGGGUCGCCAGUAUCGCUGCUCUGCAAGCAAGAGCGGCGGCCAGGCUAAGGGCUGUGGACGUGAAUUUAUUUCAUCGGGGCUCGCGACGGGUGGGCGGCGGUGCGGGCGAGCAGGCAAUUUAUGGGCUUGGCUUCUUGGGGGUGGCUGGGCAGGCGGAUAACGGUGGGCGGGCGGUGGUGUUGUGCACUGGUGUGUUUCAGGAGCAGCUGUUGCAGCUGUUGCAGCCACCUUCUCACGCGCCGGGGGGGGGGCAGGCGGUGCGGCAAGCAGUGGCGGUGCGCUGAGUGGCCCGCCCCACCAGCUCCACGCUUUACGCCUGCAAUUGGGCAGCCAGCUCGGCGCGGUGGCGGCGGGAGGGCAGGCGGCGGCGGCAUCGCAAGCGGCAGCACAGGCGGCGGCGCAGGCAGCGGUACAGGCGGCGGCGCAGGCACAGGCAGCGGCACAGGCGGCGGCGCAGGCAGCGGCACAGGUGGCGGCACAGGCGGCGGCAGCGUGGCCACAGCUGUUGCAGCCACCGCCGGGUGCGGCAGGCGGGGCGGCGAGCAGUGGCGGUGCGCUGAGUGGCCCGCCCGACCAGCUACAGGCUUUGCGCCUGCAAGUGGACGGCCAGCUCGGCGCGGCGGUGAUGUCCGGGGGGUGUAGGCUGGCAGCGGCACAGCUGCCAAUGCCGAGUGCAGGCCUGGUGGUGGCUGCGGCGGUUACACGCGGCAGAGCCAACGGCAAGCGGCCCGCCCCCUUCCACGCAGCCGAGCGAGGAGGAGCCGAGCGGGGAGCCACCACGCAAGUGCACGGCUGGUCGGCCGGUUGGCUCAACGGACCAACGGAAACGGCGCUGCAAGGAGUGCAUGAAAGCGGGCUUCGACCAUACGCACCACUGGAGAACCGCCAGCGAGUGCGUGAGCACGUGCAACGACUGCAGAAGCAAGGGCAAGAAGCUGCUCACAGGUGAUGGCAUCUGCACCAGCUGUGCGCGGCAGCGGUGGUGGAAGUGCGCACAGUGCUCCAAGCAGUCGGGGCGGCAGGUGAUCAGGGCGUGUGCUGGGUCUGCCAGACCAGGCGCAAGAAGUCAGGAGGCAAGUGGCUGUAUAUUGUCGCUUGAGUAACGAGUACCGCCAAUGUGCGAAGGUGGGCGAUGGGACAGCGUUAAGGCAGGUUGGUGAAGUUCCGUAGGGUCAUAGGGUGCAGCUGAUCCAGCAGAUGGCAAACAAUUUGCAACGGCAGGGCAGGAGUGCGCGGCUGGUCGAACGCCGGAGUUACUGUGCCGACACGUUGCUAGCUGGCUUGAAGUUUGCUGACGCGCAUUCCUCACGCUCCGGGCGUGCAAAGGUGUGUGUUCAGGCAUUCAGUGCAGCACGCAGAGGUAUGCAUGCCGAUGAAAUGUAGCUAGACAGACUGGUUAGACAGACAGCGCGGGGCAUGCAGUAGUGAGAGGCGGGUUCGCUUAUACUCGUUGACCAGUAGCACGGGGUGAAAGCGGCGGGUAGCAGCGUGCGCACUGCGCAGAGCAGGUGUGCAAAGGGAUGGGUGUGCGUGAGGGCAUGGGUGCGCACGCCCCCGGCCCCCCGCACGCGUAAGGUACAUUCUUGCCCCAUCUGACCUCGUCAGCUUCUCGGGCACCAAGAUCUACAUCCUCGCUGUACAGCAACACGGCACGCACAGCCGCACGCGCCCUGACUCCCAAUGCCAGCAGCUGCCCUCUCCUGCGUGCACCUGCCGCAUAUGAAAAGGUCAUGAUGACGGUUAAAGCCGAUGGCAAACUGAGCGCUGCUUUUGAGGCAACGCAAGGGGUCAAGCAAGGGUGCACUCUGAGCACAGAGCUGUUCGGGCUCUUUAUUGAAACUUUGGCAGAGUAUAUUGAUGUGCACGAGGACUGGUUGGACACUGCAAGCACAGCGGAUACCCCUGAGCUAACUGUCGCUCCUAAUGUACGCUGACGAUGUUUCGCUGCUAGCCACCACCCCUGAGCGUAUGCGGCACCUGUUGUCACUUGUGGAUACUUUCUGCGAAGCAUUUGGUAUGAAAGCAAACGUCGCAAAGUGUGAUCGUCUGGUGUUCACUUCAGACGACCAGGAGCGUCGUAGAUUGAACGAUGAGUGCAGCGGGCUGCGGCUGGCAGGGCAGCCCGUCCCUGCGGUGGACAAGGCACGGUAUCUGGGACUAGUCUACGGCCCUGGACGUGCUUUUGCCGCCUGCAGAGAGACGCUAUGUGAGGCUGCGCGGCGUGCUAUGUACGCGCUUACUAAUAGAUUAAACCGUUUGAGGAUUUUCUCCCCCGAGCGGCAUCGGAAUGAGACCGAGCUCAGACUGAUAGGAUGAGAUGUGUCUGGUUCGUGCCUGAGCAAAUCCAAGCCAAAGUCAGCCCCUGAAGAUACGAUCAUGAGAUAUGA